UGUCUUUGAUGUCACUGUCAUCUAUCUACAGUUUUCAAUUUGGCAAAAUUUGUUUUGGUUGUGGGUUGCGGGUUGGAUAAUCUUGAUUUGAGAUGUUAUUCAUUCAUAUCAAGCGUUAAUUUAUUACAGGUUUAUUUAUUUUGCGUGGCACUUGAUUAAGCAAUUAUUGAUAUCUACUUUUAAAAUUUUGUUCUUCCUUAGACACUUAACUGGUUACUUAGGUUAUAGAAGAAUUGUGUAAACAGAACAGUAAAGAAAAUGAUGAAGUUUAUAGCUUUUUUUGGUACUCGACGGAUACCCGAUUGCCGGUUCACGUCUACUUUAAUAACAGCUGAGGGGAAGACAGUACCUAAAAGAAAAACGUUUGAGAAUAGGAUUACAUUAAUUAAUAAUGAUAAUUCAGUUAGUAUUACUGACCUCAAAAAUGCUCAAAGUAUGUCCAUCAGACGAGAGUUGAAAUUAGUUAAAGUCCAAGACGUGGAUUCUAAAACGAGGAGGCCUGUAUAUAAGCUAAUGACUAAUACAGAGUAUCAUGCUGAGGAAUUAGAAAAACGUAAAGAAAAACAGGAAGCUCGUCAAAAAAAUACUCUAAAAGCAGCCAAGCUUCUGAGUUUAUCUACCAAAAUUGGUGAACACGAUCUUAUGACUGGAGUCAAGAAAAUGAUGAAGCUCUUAGACAAGCAACACGAAGUUAAAGUAGUGAUAGUAGGUGAAGGUGAAGGGGUCACACAAAAAUCUGAAAGGAUAUACUCUGUUAUCGAAGAAAAAUUAAAAUCAAUAGGUAAAGUAGUUCAAAAGAGAGUUAAAGGCAAUAGUAUGAGAUUCCAGUUGCUUCCAAUUAAGCAUACUACUGCUGAGGAAACAAAGGACAUGACCUCCGGCCACAAUGAAGGGAACAAGGGCCCUCUAUGACUAGCUGUGGUUAUACUAGGUAUAUUGGUAACAAAAUAUGUAAUCCUAAAGCGUUAUUUGACUAGACAAUCAUUUAAAAACAAUACACAAAAUGAUGCAACUCAAUCACCACAUAGAAUGUGGUUGUACAAAUAUUAUGUGAAUAAAGAUGAGUAAACUUGA